ACACUGGGAGGGAAGUAAAUCCUCUUCCGAAGCCGGAAGCACGUGGGCAAAAGAACGCACUCAGAAGCGGGGUUGGAGUAACGUCGGCCUCCCGGGACUGUUAAGUCGUCCGGCGCGAGUCGAUCGUGCUGCCCGCUUCCCCGCGUUAUGCCUCACAGACGGAAAAAGCCUUUCAUAGAGAAGAAAAAAGCUGUCACAUUUCAUUUAGUACACAGAAGUCAGAAGGACCCUUUGACAGCAGAUGACACUGCACCCCAGAGAGUUCUUUUGCCUGCACAGAAGGGAGAUGAUGAUAAAAGGAGAGAAGAACAGCGGAAAUACGGAGUGUUCUUUGAUGAUGACUAUGACUACUUACAGCAUCUGAAAGAAGCGUCUGGACUUUCUGAGCUUGUUCCAUCAGGCAAGCCAAGUCAACAAGGCAGGAUUGUAGUGACCACAGAAGGGGAGGUAGAGGAGGAAAUUCAAACAAUUCCAGCUCCCACUAUUAAUUUGCCCUCAUCAGUGUUUGCAUCUGAAUUUGAAGAAGAUGUGGGAUUGUUAAACAAAGCUGCUCCUGUUUCAGGACCUAGAUUGGAUUUUGAUCCGGACAUCGUUGCAGGACUUGAUGACGACUUUGAUUUUGACAAUCCAGAUAAUCUUCUUGAAGAUGACUUCAUUUUAAAGGCUAAUAAACCAGGGACAAUCGAGCAGGAAAAGGAAGCUUGUUGGGAGUCUGGAGAUGAAGAUGAGUGGGAAGACAUGGAGGAGGAGAAUGAAAAGGGCGAAGAAAAUGAAAAGGACAUUCGGAGUGAUGACGAGUAUGAUUCUGAGGGUCCUUUAUCAGAUGAUGGAGAGAUGAAAGAAUUUCUUUUUAUGCAAGAAGAGACCAGGAGCCGUUUCACAGAAUAUUCCUUGACCUCUUCAGUGAUGAGAAGGAAUGAACAGUUGACCCUUCUGGAUGAGAGAUUUGAGAAGUUCUUUGAGCAGUUUGAUGAUGAUGAAAUUGGAGCAUUGGAUAAUGCUGAACUGGAAGGCUUCAUUCAGAGCAACAGUACACGGUUACAGGAAGUUUUGAAUGACUACUACAAUGAGAAAGCAAAGGACUGUGUGAAACCAGACAUGGUUCUGAAUGAGAAGGGAGAAGAAGUUGACAAAGAAGAGGAGGAAACUGUAACUUUACUUAUUGAGGAACCCAAGGAAAAGUGGGAUUGUGAAUCCAUUUUGAGUACCUAUUCAAACUUGUACAAUCAUCCAAAACUUAUUGAAGUUCCACAAAAGCCCAAACCAAUCAGAGUGUCCAAAAAGACUGGAAUCCCUCUGGAUGUUUUGCCUCAAAGGACACUUACGGCAAAGCAGGCUGAGUGCAUGCAAAUGAUUAAUGACAGUGAUCUACCAAGGGUAUCCACGCAACCACGUUCUAAAAAUGAGAGUAAAGAAGACCGGAAAGCAAGGAAACAAGCUGUCAAGGAAGAACGAAAAGAACGCAGGUUGGAGAAGAAAGCAAACAAACUGGCUUUCAAGCAGGAGAAAACAAGGCAAGAAAAAGAGCUACUCAACCUGAAACAGAAUAUUCAAGGCCUCAAGUUGUCAUAACGAAAGAGAGAAAUUACUUCAUAUUAAGGACUCUCAACCACUAUAUUCUUUGGUAUAUUGGAAAGGAUACUUCUACCUUCAGGCUGACAAAAUAAUUUUUUAAAUCCAGAUCUAGCCACUUGCCAGCAUUUUUUUCACAUGUAAACUUCAUAUGUAAAAGUUUUGGUUACCAGUUAAAAUAUUGCUGUACUAUUUUUCCCCAAGGAAAUUGUAUCAACUACUUUGUGAACUUAAAUUGAACCGAAAACAUUCAAUUUCAUUUCAGUAUGUUUAUAAACAUCAACUUCUCAAAGCUUGUUUUAUAUUAAUGGCUUAUAGUUAAGAAAGAGGUUAAUGUUUCUGCUCUGAAAAGUUCAUCUUUAAUACAGAGGGAGGGGGGAAUCCUUUAUCUUCUUGCUAGUACAGUAAUUAAUGGGACUUGAUCAGUACUGGUGCAUAAGGAAUUGGCAUGAAAUAUCAAACCAAAAAUCCAUUUAGUCCAGCAUUCUUUUCCAUAAGAGACAGCUAGUUGCCUCUGGAAAGCUAUCCCACAUUGCCUAAAGAGGAUGGUCUUAUCUCCAGCAUUUGGAGUCUAGAGGCAUGCUCCAUGACCAUGGAGAUUCCAUUUUGCUAUCAUGGCUAAUUACUAGAAGUCUCCUCCAGGAAUUUAAGCUAUUAUCAAUCACCACAUCUUGCAGCAUAUCUUUCCUCUACAUUUAAUGAGAGAGAGGGUGUAAGAGGCGAAGUGUUCACCUUGACAACAGAAGCUGCUAACUUGUCUAGUUCCUUCAGCAUUUGUUAUUGCUCUAUCUACCUUAGAAUUUAUCUGUCAAGCUUCUGUAUUCAAAUAGAAGUGUAAAUAUUACCAGAAACUCCUUAGUAAUCAUCUUGUGGAAGAGGAUAAGUAGUCUCAGACUUCAUUUUGUCCUGUAAGUGUUCUUAUGUGUAUCACUAGAUGAUGGAGGGGCUCUGUGUGUCAUAAUAGUUUAAUCUGUCAGCCAAUGACAUUUAACUUGGGCUUUUGCAAGUAAAGGAGCUAGACAAGUAAAAGUAAAUCACCUGGUGCUCCUGUCUCCCUGAAAUAAUAAGGAAAUUUGAAAUCACUGUGCUUAGAGAGGAGUGUGGUUCCUGGGAACAGAAUAAGUGCCAUGGGUAUGUAAUCUAAGCAGUAAUUGCAGGUAAUUUUGUCAGUUUCAGUGACGAUUCUACUACAGUCUGUUCAAAGUACAGGUAUGACCAGAUAUAUGAUGUGUACUGUAUUUAGAAACAAGUAAUUUGACUACACAUCAUCAUGCAGCCUGCCCCAAUUACCACAUCCAUGAAAAUCACUGGCUGCCAAGAUGCAGUCUAAUAGAACCAUGAGGUGCUGUGCAAGGCUACAGCAAAGCUGCAAAAGAAACCCUAAUGGCUGCAGAAACAGCAUUAAUCCCCUCUAGAUGAAUGUAGAAGCAGUUGAUCCUCUCUAUCACAAAUAGGGCUACAUACUAGAUUAAGGUUGCUUGUGCAGCUGCUGGUUUUAAAAGCAUCAGGGCUUCUCUUGCGGUUUCACUGCAGCCCCACACACAGCCUUACAGCUCACUAGACCAGCAUCAUGGCAGCCACUGUGUCUCUGACCAUGUUCUUGCAAUAUCCUGGAUGUGUAGAGAAAUAUCUGAUGCUGAUCUACUAGCAUAGUUGGGUGCUUCUCCACUCCCUUUUCCAGAGAUAAUCAUGAUGCACUCUCUUAGUAAUGCUAAGACAGGCCAUGAGUAGUAUCCUCAUUACACUAAUGUUCACACCAAUUAUGAUUUGUUUCAAAACCAGUUUUCAAACCCACUUCUAACCAUUGCUUGAAACAGAUUUGAAACUAACCAUUUUUAGCGUUGACACUGAGGCAGACGGAACAGUGCAGUAGGACUAGCUCUGAACAUGAAAAGGAAGGGGGUCAGGGACUACAUUAACCUGCAUUGUGCAUCUGAUCUUUUAACCAUGUUUAGAAAAUUGGGAAUAUAAUGGAUUUUUGCAAUAUAUGGUCUGACUUGAACAGGAUUAUUUCACUUUGAGUGCUGUUCUCUAAAUUACUUCUUGAGUUCAAUUUCCAUUUCGCAUUUCUUGUAGUCAGCGGUGUGGGGAAGAUUUCUUGGAAAAAAUUCUACCCCUUAUCACCGUUGAACUCAGACCAGUAAAUGAAUGGAUAAUAAGUAUCAAACAUCUUUGGACAUGCUAAAAACAAGUACAGUAUGCUAUUUUUUCAGUGUCCUGAUAUUUUCUGUAUACAUAUUGUUCACAUCUGUUAUCCUGUUGCUAUGAUUUUUUACAAGUGCUCCAGUGUAAAUUUCUAACUCAAUUUUCAAUGUUGCAUUCUAAAUACAUUCAACAUUCAUUUAGAAAAAUUAAUUAUAUAGGAACACUUGUAAAUAUAGCAACUCAAAAGUUUGACAUCAGAGCUUGAGUGCUCCCUUUUCCAUAUGUGUACCCACCUUAAUAAGACUGGGCUUGUUAGACCACUUUGUCAUGAUAUAAAACUGGCAUCCUGUGGCUUGAGUGCACCUCAUAAACCAGGAGCAAGCUUCAGUUAGCAAUCUUAGUUUGCAGGAAAUGUGCAUAUCCGUUUCUAAGUACAAAUAUCUUGGCAAACUGCUUGAACAAACCUAGAAGUCUUCUAUGAGGAUAGGUGGAGGUGGGGAGACUGGAGAAGUCUCACAUUCCUUGCUGAUCCAACAACCCAUGGUGUUCUGGACUGGGAAUAUGACAGCUGAAUGGGGCUAUCAUUCCUACAAGAUAGGCCAUGAGCAGCAUCCUCAUAUUACAAUGGGGAUUAAGGCAAAGACUGGGAUUUGUAUUAUCUGUGUUAAAUUGAGCUUCCUGGUAUACUUAAUCACUGGCCUAAUCCUAUUGAGUUUGAGAAGACUGUACUUGUGUAAAGUAAUUGUCUAAUUCAUAAGAAUGGUCACAUGUCUAAAGCUGGACUGACUUUCAUUUGUUUAUCCUGUUGAUACAGUAUUUUGUUUUAAUUUCUUUAAAGUUUACCCUUUCUAUAAUGUCA